GAGACCCAACAGGCCUGAGGUUAAUUCAACCAGGAAAGUGGGUGGGAAGGGCUGUGGGGCACCUGUCAAUUCGCCACCAUGAACGUGGUCUUUGCUGUGAAGCAGUAUAUUUCCAAAAUGAUAGAGGACAGCGGGCCCGGCAUGAAGGUACUUCUCAUGGAUAAAGAAACGACUGGUAUAGUGAGUAUGGUCUACACACAGUCAGAGAUUCUUCAGAAGGAAGUAUACCUCUUCGAACGAAUUGAUUCUCAAAAUCGAGAGAUCAUGAAACACCUAAAAGCAAUUUGUUUCCUUCGACCUACAAAGGAGAAUGUGGAUUAUCUGAUCCAGGAGCUCCGAAGACCCAAAUACAGCAUAUAUUUUAUCUAUUUCAGUAAUGUGAUCAGCAAGAGUGACGUGAAGUCGUUGGCUGAAGCUGACGAGCAGGAAGUUGUGGCUGAAGUUCAGGAAUUUUAUGGUGAUUACAUUGCUGUGAAUCCACAUUUGUUUUCCCUCAAUAUCUUGGGUUGCUGUCAGGGUCGAAAUUGGGAUCCUGCCCAGCUAUCCAGAACAACUCAAGGGCUGACAGCUCUCCUUUUGUCUCUGAAGAAGUGCCCCAUGAUUCGUUAUCAGCUUUCUUCAGAGGCUGCAAAGAGACUGGGAGAAUGUGUUAAGCAAGUGAUAAGUAAAGAGUACGAACUCUUUGAAUUCCGGCGGACAGAGGUUCCUCCGCUGCUUCUCAUUCUGGAUCGCUGCGACGACGCCAUCACCCCACUGCUCAACCAGUGGACAUAUCAGGCCAUGGUCCAUGAACUGCUGGGCAUAAACAACAACCGGAUUGAUCUUUCCAGAGUGCCAGGAAUCAGCAAAGACUUAAGAGAGGUGGUCCUGUCUGCUGAAAAUGAUGAAUUCUAUGCUAAUAACAUGUACCUGAACUUUGCCGAGAUUGGUAGCAAUAUAAAGAAUCUCAUGGAAGACUUCCAGAAGAAGAGACCAAAAGAGCAGCAAAGGCUGGAAUCCAUAGCAGACAUGAAGGCCUUUGUUGAAAAUUAUCCACAGUUCAAGAAGAUGUCUGGGACUGUUUCAAAGCAUGUGACAGUAGUCGGAGAACUGUCUCGGUUGGUCAGUGAGCGAAAUCUGCUGGAGGUUUCAGAGGUUGAACAAGAACUGGCAUGUCAGAAUGACCAUUCUAGUGCUCUUCAGAAUGUGAAGAGACUCCUGCAGAAUCCGAAAGUCACAGAAUUUGAUGCAGUUCGCUUGGUGAUGCUUUAUGCUCUACAUUACGAGCGCCACAGCAGCAACAGCCUGCCAGGACUCAUAGUGGACCUCAGGAGUAAAGGUGUUGCUGAGAAGUAUCGGAAGCUGGUGUCUGCAGUUGUUGAAUAUGGUGGUAAACGAGUUAGAGGAAGUGACCUCUUCAGCCCCAAAGAUGCUGUGGCUAUUACGAAACAGUUUCUCAAAGGACUGAAGGGAGUGGAAAAUGUGUAUACACAGCACCAGCCUUUCCUGCUUGAGACUCUGGACCAUCUCAUCAGAGGAAAGCUUAAGGAAAACCUCUAUCCUUAUUUAGGCCCCAGCACACUCAGAGACAGGCCUCAGGAUAUCAUCGUGUUUGUUAUUGGAGGAGCCACCUAUGAAGAGGCACUGACAGUCUAUAACCUGAACCGCACCACUCCUGGAGUGAGGAUCGUUCUGGGAGGAACAACAAUCCACAACACAAAAAGUUUCCUAGAGGAAGUCCUGGCUUCUGGGCUGCACAGCCGCAGCAGGGAGAGCUCACAGGCCACCUCAAGGUCAGCAAGCAGAAGAUGAGAUGGCAAUGGAGAGCGUCGAGAGUGUCACGGCCUCCUCUUACCCUGCCUCAGCCCUUCCCUGCUGACCAGGGGCUUCAGGGUGGCCCUUGUUCUAGCUCACUCCAGGUAACCCCGAUUCCUGAACUGCAGGCACAGACACCGGGAAUGCCAAUGAUGAGCCCACCCCAGCCCACUUGUGACUCUGUAUCAAAUAAAUAUGUUCUUUGUGUAUUUGACAGCA